CAUUCAUGUGACCGUUGUUUACGAAAAACUUCGCAAACAGUCUGUCAUUGCAUCAGAAAGUCUUCACCACAACACGAAUCGGAUCUUUUGGAUCAACUCUUAGACACCACUCACUGUUAAGUCUACCACCACUUCAGACAUGCUAUCAGUGCUGCGAAACACCGCUAUCUGUGGCCACUCUUCAGCCAAACUCUUCACUCAAACCCUCGUCCGGCCAUCCAAUGGGACAUCGCUUCAGACCACGAUGGUGCGACUCAUAGGCGACGCCAGGGGUCGAGUGAACGCCCAC